GAGAGCCUGGAGGAAUGUUGUCCAUGGGAGCGUGAUGGGUCGGGCACAUCUUUGCGACUCACAUAACCUGACAUUCUGGAGACAUUUCUCUAGUGAGCACAAGGGGCUGCUGAAGUCGGUGAUGCUCGAGUGCCUGGGUGGGCAUGUUUUGCUGGCCCCAAAUUGCAGGUUUGUCAGCAGCAGCAGGGCCUUCUUCAGUCCAGUGUGGAAAUGAUUGACAUCAAAUCCUCGUUGCUGAAGCUUGGGGUGGGGAGAAAAGAACCUAUUGCCAUUUUUGCAAGCACAUACAGCUCAUGAGAGCCCCAAAAGAAGCAGGCUUGACACAAGGCCAGUUGCCCACAGCGGCUGCUGCAUCGAACCUUUUGAUCUUUGGAUCAUUCCUGUCAUGUAGAGAUCUCGGAUCCCCAGCAGCAACUGCGCCUCGGGGUGUUGCAAAAGCUCAGAGUUCACUGGAGAACCCCCCUGGCAUUACAGCUAGCCAUCCAGGAAGGAGGAAGGCUUCGGGACCUGCGCGUUGCAUACUUAAAAACGACACCCCCUGCUGACAGAGGCUUUCCGAAGUGCUGUCCUCCUUCAGUGCUAACAAUGGCCAGGUGCUUGGACGAAUCGGACAUCAUGAUGGUGGAGGAGGGCUUCACCACCAGGGACCUCCUGGAAAACCUCCUCCUCGAUGCUGCCCAGCCGGGUAGCCGCAAGCCCUUUUUUGUGGCAGAUCUAGAGGCCGUGGUGAAGAAACACCUGCGCCUUCUCAAGGCCUUGCCCCGGAUCAAGCCCUUCUACGCCCUGAAGUGUAACCAUGGCAAGGGAGUGGUUCAGAUGCUGGCAGCUCUGGGAGCCGGGUUUGGCUGCACUAACAAGGCAGAGGUGGAACUGGUGAAGAGCACUGGGGUCCCGUCGGACAGGAUCAUCUGCACCAGCCCCUGCAAGCAGAUCUCCUUGAUCAGAUAUGCGGCUCGCCAAGGGCUGCAGCUGAUGACUUUUGACAACGAAGUGGAGCUUGGGAAGAUAGCUCGGAGCCACCCAUCUGCCAGAAUGAUUCUCUGCCUGGCUGCCGACGACUCCAGGUCUUCCUCCCGCCUGAGCAUGAAGUUUGGUGCCACCCUUAAAACCUGCCGACACCUGCUCGAGACAGCGAAGGAGAUGAACGUUGAGGUGGUUGGCAUCAGCCUCCACACUGGCGGCAGCUGUACCGACCUGCAGAUCAUCACUCCGUCCAUAGCAGAUGCUCGCCUGGUCUUUGAAAUGGGUGCAGAGCUGGGUUACAAGAUGCACCUCCUGGACAUUGGAGGUGUUUUUCCUGGUGCCGAGGAGUCCAGAGGGCGCUUGGAAGAGACUGCAGCUGUGGUCAACUCUGCCUUGGACCUGUAUUUCCCAGAAGGCUGUGGGGUGGAGAUCAUCGCUGAACUCGGGCGCUACUAUGUGGACUCGGCCUUCACCUUAGCAGUCAACAUUGUUGCCAAGAGGGAGGUUCCCCUGCCAGGCUCCGAGGAUGAAGAGCCUGGUGGCAAAAAGAGCUUCAUCUACCAUAUAAAUGAGGGCGUUUACAGCUCCUUCGGCUCAGUCAUCUUCAGCAGCGCUUGCCCUACCCCCGUCCUGCUUAAGAAACCCUCUCCAGAUCUGCCUUUGCACAGCAGCAGCUUCUGGGGACCUACCGGGGACGGGCUGGACCGCGUUGCAGAAGGCCUGGAACUCCCCGAACUGCAUGUUGGGGACUGGCUGCUCUUCGAGAACAUGGGGGCCCACACUGUGCCAGCUGCCACCUCUCUCAGGGGAGGCCAGCAGGCGCAGAUUCACUACGCUCUGUCCAGAAUGGCUUGGGAAGCGGUUCAGCUCUUGAAGGGGAAACCGCUGCAUGCGGAGGAGGAAGAUGGCCGGGAGAGCGCGUGUGCCCCUCUGUCCUGUGGCUGGGAAAUCACCGACACGCUUUGCGUUGCCCCCGUCUUUGCUCCAGCAAGCAUCAUGUAAGCCAUGCCAGCCAUCCGGCAUGGGGCAGACCCUCCUCCCAGCGGAGCUGCUGCACCUUCCUUCUCCCCCUGCAUCUUUAGGAGCGGGUUCCUUCCCCUCACAGUGCUGCUGGUUUUUAAGUAUGCAACAUAAACCCUGUUCCUCCCA